AUGACCAACGACAACUCGAAGAAGGGCAAACGCACGCCGCUCCCCUACUGGGGUGGCGAGGCACGCCGAAGAGAAAAUAAGAGAGCGCGGGACGGCGUUGUCGCUCCUGGUGUGAUUCCGGGUGUCGCGGCGCUGGCCCAGAGACUCGUCUCUCAGCCUCCGAGAGCCCCUACUCCGGCCAAGAGCACCCCCUCACCGAAGAAGAGUGUCACUCCCCCGACACAGAAACAGGCCUCUCAAGCCUCGAGGGCCACUUCUUCGCCCUCCUCGCCCCCUUCGCCGGCGCAACCUGCCCGGCCAUCACAACCUCCUAGAUUGGCGGGUCCAACCGCGCUGCCUGACACUCCGGAGAACAAGACCUGCCCCGAGUGCCAAAAAUUGUUCAAGACCAGAACCGUGCUUCUCCAGCACCUCCGAGAAUCGCACAUCGGAACGACGUGCUUCUGGGAGGGAUGCGGCGCCACCCUGGCCAGCGAGCAGGGCCUCAACAUCCACCUGCGAGAGCAUAAUACGGCGGCCGGCGACCACAUGAAGUGUAACUGGCCGGAGUGCAAUACGGCGUUUAGUACCAAGGAGAUGGUGGCGCGACACCUACGUCGCCAUACGGUGAAGGCGCGGAAUGCGCAAGCAGGCCAAUCAAAAUAG